CGGAUACAAGAGUAUCUUCGUUCUAAGACAUUCAUUUUCUGAGCAGGUCGUUGUUCGGCACAAGCAUGUCAAGCCGCAAAACUAACAACUAUUCGUAUCCUCUGAACGAGAGUGGCCAAGAUGCCGCAGCUGAGCGCGAGGCUCAAAGAUCGGUCCAGAAGCUCAAUGAGGAGGCCAAAAGGACUGCAACUCGUGAAGGUCUAUCGCCUGAAGACCCAGACUAUCUCCCACCAAUGCCUGCCACAAUUGGGUACUCGGCGACCCAGAAGAAGUACGUAGAUGUCGAGAAUCCCGUGAAGCGUUGAUAAGCUGGGAAUAUCUUGGGAGGUUGAGAUUUUGUGGAUUGAUGCAAUUGCUUCCAAACCUAUAUGAAAUAGAACUCUCCUUGAAAA